AUGCAUAUUCAUCGAUAUUAUAAACUUUUACUUCGUCCAUCAUUACAACAACAAGAUUAUAAUAUUAGUACAUUGCCAAUCCAGCAACCUGAUACAGCAGCGACAAAUGAUGUUAUGUAUGGAAAUAAUGAUGAUGAUGAUAAUGCCACAAAGUCAAAUAUGAAUCCUGACGAUCUUGUGAAUCAAUGGAAAAUUCCCAUUCGGAACAAUUUUGCUUUAGAUGACAAAGUGAAUCUUUAUUCAGUUCAGCAACAGUAUACUAGAUUUUUACUCGAAAUGAGAGAACAACAUAUUUUACCUCAAACGGUAAUUCAACCAAUUACGACUCAUAUUGUGAAUUUAUUAGAUGAUAUGAUGGAUUUUGUCGAGGAAAAAGCAAUACAAGAGAAUAUAGUAUUAUACAACAAUAUACCAGAUAUAUUCCGAUCUAUAUUACAAUGUAUUCAUCUGGUAGCCAUUUGUAAUACAAAGUAUUUAAAUGAUGAUAUGAAAAUGAAAAAUAUUUAUAAUCCUAUAAUUAGCGACUUAAAUGAUUUACAAUCAUCUGGUUUGAUUAUCAACACUUUUAAUAGUCAAAUUUAUUUCACAUUUACAACAAUGGCUGCUAAUAAUUUAGCUGCACAUGAAGUUGAUGGAUUCCAGCAGAGUUUUAGUUUCGGAUAUAUUUGUAGACGAUGUUUGAUAACGUAUGAAAAUCGCCUCAUACCAUUAACUGAUGUAUAUUUCGUUCGAAGAGUAGCUAUGCAGCACCAAUGUGUUUUACAAUCACUUGAAAAUAAUCCGCAGAUAAAAUCAAUUUGUGGUAUAGUUGGACCAAGUCCAUUAAAUGAUCUACGAAAUUUUAAUUCUUCUUCUUCACUACCAGGGGAUGUUAUGCAUGAUUUAUUUGAGGGCGUAUGUCCACUCAUUAUCAUGGCUAUGUUAAAAGAGGCAUCAAGUUCACGGUUAAAUACUUUUUCUGCCAUUCAAACGAGGACGGAAAAUUUUAUUUAUGGUGCACUGGAUACAUCAAACAAGUCUCCUCCAAUACAGAUUAAACAUUUAAAUAACGAUUGUAUUACAAGAAUUGCAUCUCAAAAGUUCUGCCUAUUUCGUUUAUUUAUCAUGCUCUCAGAUAUAGUUGAUCAUCUACAAUUGUUUAAAAUUUACCUUAUUUCACGUGAAUUACUGGAUAUGGUAUUAGCUUUACCUCAAAGGAAAAACUGGAUACCAUUUAUGGAAACGUUGGCGAUAAAUUUUCAUUGUGGAAAUGGUCUAUUUGAUGAUGUUUUCGCGUCAAAAACAACAAAGGAAGAAAUGGAAAGCCAACUAUUGGAUUUGAUUAAAAGACAUUGUCCUGAAAAACGUUGCCCAUUGACUAGUAGUUCCAUACACUGGGAUCGAGAGGUUGCUCGACUUCGGAUGCCGUCAGUUUCAACCAUCUGCACUAUCGUGUCAUCGAUGUCAGCUGCUUCCAUAAAAUGGUGCAACGAUGGUCAACAUCAGAAAAGUGGAUAG